GGUUAGCCUUGCUCGCUAUACCGUCGAAUCAAGCGCGCUGAAGAUCGUACGGAGUAGAGGGUUCCGAUGAKAAGUCGUUUUUAGGGGAAUAAUAUGACCGGUAGAGCACGAGGACGAAGUCGUGGACGAGGGCGCACAGAGGCUCAAGCUGGAGGGGAUGCAGCGAGAAGGCCUGGAGAACCUGCAGUUAGGCCUCCAGAACCAGCGCAAGUUGGUCGAGGGAGAUCUAGAGGGCCACCUUCUGAUGCAGCCCCAGCAAGACCUCAACCUACGGCGGCAGCCGAGCCACCAACAGCGGCCAUGUCAGGCUUGAGUGUAGCAGAAAGAGGAGGCGCACGUGGCCCACCCGAGCAGAAGCGAGGAGGACGGUUCUCUGAGCCAGUAACAAGACCACCGGGCCUGAACAAGCAAGGGAGCUCUGGUAGAGAAGUCUCUUUAGUUUCCAAUUGCUUUUUACUGGAAACUCGUCCUAAUUUCAUGAUUUACCAGUACAAUGUGAGCUUCAGCCCUGAAGUCGACUCCAAGAAAGUCAAGUUUGGUCUGGUAAUGUCUCAAGAAUCCUUGAUUGGCAGAGUGAGGGCAUUUGAUGGCAUGACAAUGUUCCUCCCGAUCAAACUUCAGGACCCUGUAACAAAGAUCAAUACAACUAGGAGGAGGCGCGACAACCCUGAUGGAGAGCCGGUUGAGAUUACUAUUACCUUGACCAACGAACUCCCUCAAGACAGCCCUACUGUCAUGCAGCUUUUUAACAUCAUCCUGAGAAGGAUACUCAAGAUGAUUGACAUGAACCAAGUAGGUCGUCAAUAUUAUUAUACAAGACAUGCAAUUGCAGUCAACCAAUACAACCUUGAGAUUUGGCCAGGAUAUUCUACAUCAAUUCUCAAGCAUGAGUGUGGUGUGCUAUUGGGUGCUGACGUAUCACACAAGGUGUUGAGAAAGGAGACUGUUCUUGCUUUUCUGUAUGAUCUGUACAAGUCUAACCAGAGAAACUUCCAUGAAAUAGCAGCUAAGAAGUUGGUUGGCGAAAUUGUACUUACCAGGUACAAUAACAAGACUUACAGGAUUGAUGAUAUUUCUUGGGAUGAGAGGCCACACCAUACUUUCAGUACUGGUCGUGGGGAAAUAUCAUAUGUUGAUUAUUAUGCCAAGCACUAUGAGAAACAGAUCACAGAUAUGGAACAACCUCUUUUGAUUCACAGACCAAAGAAAAUUCCUGGGAAAAAGUACAUUGAGCAAAUCAAGUUGUUGCCAGAGCUGUGUUUCAUUACUGGUCUAUCUGAUGACAUGAGAAAUGACUUCAAUCUAAUGAAGGACUUAGCCAAACAUACAAGAAUUGCACCAAAAGAACGAUGUGAACAGCUGAUGAAAUUCAUUGGUGAAAUAAAUGGACAUGCAGAAGCAAGCUCUGAGAUGACAGGCUGGGGUUUGCAGUUUGCUAGAAAUCUUCUGUCAUUCAAAGGAAGAAUGUUGCCUGCAGAGGCAAUCUACCAAAAGUCGAAAAAGUCCUCAUAUGAUCCUAAAACUGCUGAUUGGAGUAGGGAAACCAGAGGCAGUGCUCUACAUAGCACAGUUAACAUCACCAACUGGCUUGUGAUUCUGACCAAUAGGGACAGGGGUGCAAUUGGCAAUGACUUUGUUUCGACAAUGAAGCGGGUCCUUGAACCUAUGGGCAUUUCUACUGGUGCACCACGUGUGGUUGCCAUUGAUAAUGACCGCACUGAGUCAUAUCUUAAUGCAAUCAGAAGUGAGGUUGGCAGGGACAUGCCUCAGAUAGUAGUUGCCAUUGUGCCAACCAACAGGAAGGAUAGAUAUGAUGCUAUCAAGAAAGUGUGCUGUCUUGAGAUGCCAGUUCCCUCUCAAGUAAUUGUGUCAAGGACACUAUCCAAGAAGCAGAUGUUGAUGAGUGUCUGUACCAAGAUUGGUAUACAGUUGAAUUGUAAGCUGGGAGGUGAAGCAUGGGCCCUUGAAAUCCCA